AUGGUCAAACUCGAGACUUUCGCCGUCGAGCAAUGGAUGGACGAAUAUGAGACAACGGCGACGUACAACAUUGCAGAGACAUGCAGUGCGUCGGUCUCGCUGGACCAGCUGCAGGAGCUUUCCGAGGACCAGUCGGGGCACCCAUUGACGUUCACCGAGAAGCUUACCUAUGGCCCUAUCCGCGGCUCUGACCGGCUACGAGAGACGAUCGCCAGGCUCUACUCCGUCCGAACCCCCUCCCCGCUACCCCGAGACAACGUGUUGAUUUGCAGCGGUGCGAUCCAAGCAAAUUUUCUUCUCUACUAUGCGCUGCUAGGGCCUGGAGACCACGUUAUCUGCCACUACCCCACCUACCAGCAGCUCUACGCGGUGCCGGCAUCGUUAGGGGCAGAGGUCAGCUUGUGGAAGGCCAAGGAGACAGAUGGAUGGAAGCUCGAUGUGAAGGAACUGGAGUCGCUGAUUCGACCCAAUACCAAGCUCAUUAUUCUGAACAAUCCCCAAAACCCGACGGGGGCGAUCAUUCCCGCCGGGACACUGGAUGAGAUUGUUGAAGUUGCGAGAAAGUCAUCGAUCUAUAUACACGCUGACGAGGUGUACCGGCCACUGUUUCACUCCAUCGGCCCAAUGGACAAGGACUUCCCGCUCUCUAUCCUGUCACUGGGCUACGAGCGAACCAUUGCGACCUGCUCCAUGUCCAAAGCAUAUAGUCUGGCGGGGAUUCGAGUCGGAUGGGUUGCAUCUCGCGACAGGGAGGUGAUUGAAAUCUGUGCCUCUGCCCGCCACUAUACGACCAUCUCGGUGGGCCAGAUCGACGACGCGAUCGCCAGCUACGCGCUGGCCCCAACUUGCAUCCAUAAUUUGCUGAAACGAAACAUCGAGCUCGCCAAGAAAAACCUGGCCAUCCUGGAAAGCUUUAUCGAGGCUCACCGGUGGGCCUGUAGCUGGACCAGGCCUCGAGCCGGCACGACCGCGUUUGUGCGCUUCACCAAGAUGGGCAAGCCCGUGGACGAUGUCGCCUUUUGCCAGAUGCUACUCGAGCGGGCGGGGGUCAUGUUUGUGCCCGGCAGUUCGUGUUUCGGUGGCGGACAGGAGUUCAAGGGCUACGUCCGGGUCGGCUUUGUCCAGGAGACGGAAGUCCUGGAGAAGGGACUGGACGCCCUGCGCUCAUUCAUGGAGGACAGCUAUGAGGAUGUUCCUGUAGACGUCCCCCUGGGGGUAUCCGUGCCUGCCGCCGCCGCCACCCUGGCGUACCUAAACGCAAGAUGGUCGCUGUUCUACGACGUGACGUUGAUGAAGUCGAUUAUCAAGAUGAACCUCAAGUCCCGCCUAGCCCAGCGUGGAGACCGGCUGAAUCUCUUCUACAUUCUCGAGGGGCAAGCCCUGGCCGCUAGUUCCGCCGACCGACCGUUUAUCGUAUACCACGGUCAAACAUGGACCUACCAUGAGACGUACCUCAUGGCCAUGCGUUAUGGAUCGUUCCUGAAGAACACAUACGGGGUGAAGCCGAAAGAUAUCGUGGCCAUAGAUUUUAUGAAUUCGUCCACCUUCGUCUUCCUGGUUUUAGGUCUGUGGAGCAUCGGCGCCUCUCCUGCGUUCAUCAACUACAACCUCACGGGCAAACCGUUGACGCACUCGGUCAAAUCGUCGACUGCCAGACUCCUGCUUGUUGAUGAAGAGCUCAGGAAGGCCUUUUCGCCUGAGAUCUUGGAGACCUUUGCGUCGCAAGAUUUCCUCGAUGACGGCAAGGGACCUGUGAAUGUUGUCUUCUUUACCAGCGAUAUCGAGGCCCAGAUCCUGCAGACUGACCCAGUCAGAGAGCCUGACAGUGCUCGCGGGGGCCAGAUCCUCCGGGAUAUGGCUGUGCUGAUCUACACUAGUGGCACCACUGGCAUGCCCAAGCCGGCGAUCGUCAGCUGGAAGAAAUCCUGGACCGGUGCUAUCUUUGUCCUCAACUGGAUGGGCGUAAAAUCGACGGAUCGGUUCUUUACGUCCAUGCCCUUGUACCAUUCUUCCGCGUCGAUCCUCGGCUUCAUGACCUGUCUGAUGGCCGGAUGUACGUUCAUCAUUGGGAGGAAAUUCUCGGCCCGGGGCUUUAUGAAAGAGGCCCGUGAUACCGACGCCACGAUUAUCCAGUACGUCGGGGAGACGAUGCGUUAUCUCCUUGCCGUUCCACCGGAAAUUGACCCUAUCACCGGGGAGAAUCUCGAUAAGAAACACAAGGUGCGGAUUGCCUUCGGCAAUGGAUUGCGGCCGGAUAUCUGGAACCGGGUCAAAGACCGCUUCAACAUCCCGACCAUUGCCGAAUUCUACUCGGCCACGGAGGCCACUUCCGGGGCCUGGAACUACUCGUCCAAUGACUUCGCGGCUGGUGCCAUCGGGCGCAACGGCUCCCUGGCCUACCUUGUUCUGUCUCGUGGAGUCACCGUUGUCGAGGUAGAUUAUGAGUUGCAGGCGCCGUGGCGCGACCCCAAGACGGGCCUGUGCAAGAAGGUGGCGCGGGGUGAGCCCGGCGAGCUGCUAUAUCUAAUCGACGCGGCCGACACGGGCGAGGCCUUCCAGGGCUACUAUGGCAACAAGUCUGCGACGGAGAGCAAGAUCGUGCGGGACGUGCACAAAAAGGGCGACGCGUACUUCCGCUCCGGGGACGUGAUCCGCUGGGACUCGGAGGGUCGCUGGUACUUCUCCGACCGGCUCGGCGACACCUUCCGCUGGAAGGGCGAGAAUGUCUCCACGAACGAGGUCGCCGAGGCUCUGGGCGCCCAUCCUGGCAUCCAUGAGGCCAACGUAUACGGGGUGGCACUGCCAAACCACGACGGCCGGGCUGGCUGCUCGGCCAUCGUACUCAAAGACCAGGUGCAGUCUUCCACUGGAGAAUCUUCCGGCGACGAUGAACGCGCCAUCUUGGUGCCUUCCAGCGAGGUGAUGAGCUCGAUCGCCACACAUACCCUCGAGAACCUGCCCAAGUUCGCAGUCCCGCUGUUCCUACGCGUCACCUCGGAGAUGCAAUCCACUGGCAACAAUAAACAGCAGAAGCAUGUCCUGCGCACAGAGGGGGUCAACCCGAAGCUCGUGGGCCCGCGUGAUAAACUGUACUGGCUGCAGGGGUCGGUGUACGUACCGUUUGAGCAGAAGGACUGGGACCGGCUGGAGGGCGGACACGUGAAGCUCUAG